UUUCUCUCUGUAUUCGCUUAUUUCAGAAAAAUUAGUUGAUAUUCACGCUUGCAAAACACUUUUAAUUAUUUACUUAGCUAUACAUAAGUAUUUGUAGGUACUCGGAAUAUUUGUAUGUUUUAAAAUGUCAACUUUUACAGUGCUUUCACUAAUCGUACUUUCGAAUGGGCUACUUCUCCUCUGCCCAGCGGCAACAAACGCAAUUCAUAAACUUUUGGCUUUCCUCAACCUGUACGGGAGACGCAUUCGCGAGUGCUACGAAUGAUGCAAAUUUCACUCUACCUUUGCCAGACUUAACCUAUGUAUACUCAAGAGUUAAUGGAUUAUGGGAAAUUAAAUUUUGCAAAAAUGUCGGACCCUGUGACACUAUUUAUACCGAGUACGGAGCUAAUGAUGUCUGCUUGCCAAGAAUUGUUGGGAUAGGAAAUACCAGGUUACACGUGAAACGGUUCGGUGAUGCUGACCAGAUUGAGAAACGUAUAACUUUCUUUGACCAACCGUACUUUGGAGGCUUAUCUUUCUUCGUGGAUAAGGUCGGGGCUAAUUUUACCCUUCCCAGCCCAAUCAGAUCCUACUUCUUUACUGGAGUCAACACCUGGGAACAUAAAACGGCGAAGGAUGCCCCAGAUGGAAACUGUGUCCGUUAUGCACCUAGCGUGGGUGAGAAAGGGUACGGGUUUACCCUUGAAGCUUCAGUGCAUCAUGUUGUAGGGGCUGUAAAAUACGGCUGUACGGGAGAAACAGUUCCGACGACAAGGACAACCGUGACCCCGACUUCGACCACAAGCUCGGGAACUAUGAGUAGAUUUGAUUAUUGGUUUUCGACUAAUUUAAUUUUCGCAUUAGUAUACAGAUUCAGAUUGCGGUAACAAAUUCUAACUUGAUAUAUACUUGGGAGUUACGAAUGUUAAAAUAAAUUUGAAUUAUAAUGUA